CUCGGAAGUAUAUAUUGCACAACCUCCAGACGACUCUUCUUUCCUUGGGCAAGCUAUUCAAGUGCCAGAUGAAGAGCUUAAGGAAGCUUUCAGGAGAUACGAGGAGGACAUCAAAGUGGUGCUGCGAGAAAUGGGUGUAAAGUUCACUGAUGAGCAGUUCCCACCAUGUCCAAAGUCGCUUUUCAUUAAUUCUUCCCGCCCUCUUCAGAAGCUCCUGGCUGUGAACGACUGGGACCGGGCAGAAAACGUUUUCAAGAAAGCUAACAAGAAACCAAGACUGUUCUCAGGUCCUACAAAGCCACAAGAUGUACGGCAGGGUGCUCUUGGCGACUGCUGGUUUCUAAGUGCUGUUGCUGUACUGACCGAGGAACGAGAGAUCAAGGAUGUUGUCAUCACUCCAGAGUAUAAUGAAGAGGGUAUUUACACCUUCCGGUUCUGCAUACAGGGCGAAUGGCAGCCUGUGAUUGUCGACGACUGGAUUCCGUUGAAUGCAAAGCGAAAGCCGGCAUUUGCAAUGAGCAAGAAGGAAGAUGAGCUAUGGCUGACACUGUUGGAGAAAGCAUAUGCGAAACUUCAUGGAUCGUACGAGGCAUUGGAAGGAGGUGUGGUUCAAGAUGCAUUAGUUGAUCUGACCGGUGGCGCUGGCGAGGAGAUUGACAUGAGGAACCAGGACAAACAACUGGAGAUUGCUAGUGGUCGCCUCUGGUCGCAGUUAAUGAGGUUUAAGGAAGAGGGCUUCCUUCUCGGAGUCGGCAGUCCGUCAGGCAGCGAUACUGAGAUAUCGCCAAAUGGAAUCGUUCAGUCACAUGCUUACUCUCUUUUGCAGGUCAGAGAGGUUGAUGGACACAAGUUGCUCCAAAUGCGUAAUCCCUGGGGCAAUUCAGUUGAAUGGUCAGGUCCCUGGUCUGACUCGUCACCAGAAUGGACGGAGCGGAUGAAAUAUAAGCUCAAGUACACUCCAAAGCUUUCGGACGGGGUCUUCUGGAUGUCAUGGGAAGAUUUUCAGGUGCACUUCAGGUCUGUAUACGUUUGCCGGCUCUAUCCACCUGAGAUGCGAAAAGUAGUGCAUGGGCAAUGGCGUGGUCACACCGCCGGUGGCUGUCCAAACUUCGACACAUGGCAUAACAAUCCGCAGUUCCUCCUUCGUGGGGUCGGCGUCGAUGCACACAGACCAAUCAAUGUGUUCAUGACACUGGCACAGAAUCUCUGUGGGCAUCCACCCUUUUUUAUUGGCCUAAGGGUUGUGAAGAAAGGCGGUGAAAGGGUUGAUCCCAUAUUGUAUGUACAUAAUCUUGCAGGAGCAAGCGAGUAUGUAAACACAAGAGAGGUGGCCUGUGAGAUGGUGUUGGAACCGGAUCCUCGCGGGUACACGAUCGUCCCAACGACCCACAUACCCGGUGAGGAAACUUCGUUCCGACUUUCCGUGUUUACGAAAACCGCCGUCGAACUUGUGGAGCUUCCCCCGUAACUGCGGAUCGCGCCAACUUUUGGUGUAAUCCCGCGUGGUGUAUAUGAUUAAUGAAAAGCUCAACGUGCGGCGGGGGUUGUUUUGGCCUUCAAGCAAGUAAUAAAUAGACACAGGGGAGCCUCGUCGACUGUGAUUGUUCGCAUGCUUUUUUGCUUCGCCUCCGUAGAAACACGAGCUUUUCCAGGUUGAGGUGUACGACCGCUCCGCUCUGAGAAGUUGGUUGUGACGGAUGCCCGCCAAUGAACUUGGUCAACUCAACUUGUAGUUUGGUUCCACCUGAAGAGAGGUUCGCAGCACUUGGUUGUUUGCGGAUGUCGACGCAGCACUUGGUUGUCACGUACCUCUGUAGAAAAGGGAGCGAGGGGGAAGUUAGUUCUGGCACUUUCUGGAGGAGUUGGAACAGCGUAACCCUUAGCUAACUGAACAGCGUCCCACGCGGUAAGCACCCAGACUCAUAGGACCAGUGUGCUGGGGUAUGGUAGCUCCGUCACUUUGCACCAAGAUCGCGUAUGGCAGCCGCAGGGUAAUGGAAACAUCAUGGCGCCGGCAACAGGUUGGCCAAUCGAACGAGGUCCCGGGAAGUUCCGGGGACCUGAGAACCAGUAUGCUGGGAACGGUAGAUCUGUCGCUAGAUUGAGUACAUCAGCUGGAGGUAAUAGAGACAUCAUCGUGGCGGCGGCAGAACGGAAGGAUGACGGUACAUGCACAAUUGUUUGCAGAGCUUCCCAUUCUCUGGUAUGGUAUCUAUGGUAUUUAGGCGGUGAGGAGCCUGCUGGAGUGCAGGGUUCCCGACAAGUGUAGGUUGAGCUUUGAGGAUUGCGGCAACACAUGUCUUGAGAAGUUCGAGAAGAGAGAACGCGAAGGAAGAGCGGCACGGAGAAGGGCAUUUACUUUACGGUCGCAUCGGUCAGGCCCCCUUACUACAAGUUCCAUUCUGCAUAUUUGGUGCAUUAUACUUGGCAUUGUUUGCAACAACACUGGAGAACUAGCACAGUCUCAAGGAUUCGAUCUGAUGAUCAUUGGCGUGCGCAUGGGCAUUUUGCGAACAAGGGUGACAGGAGAAGUCGACUCUUUUUUUAUGACGGCGCUGAAGGAGUCACUGAGGAAGCUCAGUUUGAAAAAGGGGGGGGGAGGGAUUGAAAACUAAAAUUAAAAAAAGUUAGUAAAGGAUUUUGUACCUGAGGCGCAUAGGCUGGCUGAUCGAAUGCGUGCAAUAACCCCUCAGGGUCUCUGAUUUAUUUUGUCGAACGAACCUCCUCAAUGUAGGCACAGUGGGUACGAGAUGAAGGUUCCGAAAAUAAACUUUCAUUCCUGUAGGUCGUUUUCGCUCUGAAUGCUCCCAUGGAGAGAGACGGGAGUGGUAAGAAAUGCACUUGGCACAAGUUGGCAGUACGAUUCGUUAGUGCGGAAAAGACAUGCAAGAGGGAAGAGGGUAGAGAGACGUGCAGCGUCAAUGGGCACAGUUAAAAAAAAAAAAAAAAAAAAGAACGAAAGUCGACAAGCAUAAGAAAGAAAGAAAGGCGAGAAGCAGGACGGAAGCGGCCACAGCAGCAGCCAUUAUGGCUGCAAGGGAGGUAAAAUGAGUGAAGGCUUGAACGAACUGAACUGUUGAAGUCUUUGUUGUGUUGUUAGCGAGCUGGCCAUUCCAUGGUGAUACCAGUGCAGCAGAAAAGU